AAAAAAGAGCCAAACCAAACCAACCAAUCCAGCCAAAUCAAUCAUUGAGAAACAGUAAUAUUAAUAAAAGCCAAAAACUAAAUCAAAUCACUCCGGGCACCAAGACGCUGGGGGGAUAUCCACUGUUCGGUCAAGGUUGAUGAUGUGUCACACUGUGUAAGGAAACCGCAUGGAGAUGAGCACUCUGAACUGUUAGUGGGGACAUGGGACCCCAGUUGUCUGUGCUCACUUGUGUGGAUUUUGCUGGUGCACAACGACAGCCGCCGCUAGCACAUCGCCAAGCCCGACAGCAGGAAUUCUGCCUGAAAGGGCAUCAAACCUUGUCAUUUUAAUUUGCAUCGGGAGGAUGUCAGAGCAAGGGGACCUGAAUCAGGCCAUAGUGGAGGAAGGCGGGACGGAGCGGGAACCCAGCACGCCAGAGAAUGGCAUUGUUAAGUCUGAAAGUCUGGAUGAAGAGGAGAAGCUGGAGCUGCAGAGGCGGCUGGCGGCUCAGAAUCAAGAGAGGAGAAAAUCCAAGUCAGGAGCCGGAAAAGGUAAACUGACUCGCAGCCUUGCUGUCUGUGAAGAGUCCUCAGGCAGACCAGGAGGUGACAAUCUUCAAGAUCAGACCCUCUGAAAACUGCAAAUGGAAAGGAAUCCAAAAGAAUUUAGAUUAAAACUUAAAAAGUAAGCACGGUAGUGCUGAACUUCCUCAAAGGCUCUCUUUUGAUAAGACUGAACCAAAUACAGUCCUAAGUACCCCAUCUCCUUCCUUAGAGGAGAUUGUUACCUCUUACUGCCCCCACCGUGCACCUGCCUAUAAGAAACACAGCUCUUGGCUCUUAGGAAACUUUAGAAAUAGUGAAUAAGGUGCCUUGAGCUUUGGAGACAUACUUUUAUGACCUUGGUGGAGGUUUUCUCAAUACUGGAAAAAGUUGUCCAGAAAUGAAUCUGAGCUGCUGAUGAAUUUCAGUUAAUAUUAUUAAUAACAUCACUGCAUAUCCUUACACAUAUUUUUGUUCUUGACAGCGAAACUGUUAGGCUCUAACAAAUUCAAAUUCCAACAAAACCCUCCCAUGGCAAAAUGGGAAACUUCACAUCUAUGUAUUUCUGUUUGCUGUUUGGGCACCAUAUUAACUUUUAUAAAAAUAGUCUUGCUGCUGAAAUUUCCUUUGUUUUAUCAGAGGCUGAGAGCAGUCAAGAAAAGAGUAAGAUGACUUAUCUGAGCCCAAGGGAGGGAAAAUUGUUUAAGAUAGCAUUAUUUUUGUUUGGUCUUGUUUUGUUUUUCUCUUUUUACUUUAAUUGAAAUACUCUAAAUUCUCCUCAUGGAUGCAGAGAGCAUUGAUCGAGAGCACUUUCUUUCUUUAAAGGGACCAAAAACAAAUUCCUUAUAGAUUUUUGUCCUAAGAGUAUUCUUUUUCUAGCCUCAUUUUCUUACCAUGCCACUUGUGUUGUAAGGCAUAGACAGGCUAUCUUUCUAUAGCCAUCACUGUUUCAUAUGCAAGCUUUAUUUUUCUUGGGCUCUGAGAAAUGUGUGGCUUUUCUUCAGCAUUUUAUCUGUGCUUCUAUUUUUAAUGGAAAUUGAAAAGGGGGAAUAAUGUGAAUAUCAUGGCCUGUAUUAUUAAAUGUUGAUGGAUGGCUUGUAAAGUAUUGCACAUGAUAUAUGUUAACUCUGCAGAAUGACAAAGUCUGUGCGAAGUAAAGCCGCCGUUGUUCCCCACUCCAAGUGCCAGGCAGAGAAGGGCAGCCUUUACAGACUUAAUCUGCUUUUUAUCCCACUUGACAAGGUACCAGGAGGAAAUCUGUUAAGAGAUCACCUGUGUCAUAGUGCCCGUCCUGGACCUAAGUCUAGUUUCUCCAGGUACUUGGUGCAGAGAACUGAGAUGCAAACAGUGCUUUGUUCCUGCUGGUUCUGAGCUCAGAAAUCAAGACUAGCUUUGUAGGAGAGAAUUAGAGCUUGCAAGAUUCUCUUUGAACUGGCUGAGGGGUGCUGGGAGCAGGGGCUGAGAGAAGACACCCGGACACACAUGUUAGCAAGUGGCCAUGUCACAUUUUUAGCAAAUAAAGAAGCAGACCUCUGAGUUGAUAUUGCAAUGCCUUCGUUAGGUAACACAGGCACUUACAAAAUGUGGGAGCUGAAUCCCAGAGAACAGUGGCAGAAGUACACAGUAUAUGGAUAACAUUGCUUCCCCAAUGUUUGUAUAUUCACAGUAUUUGGAAAACUGCCUUCAUUUUCCUGUGUGGGAAAAACUCUCGCUACCUGUAUUACUUGAUCUCAGACCCAUAGCUGAUGGUUUAGUCUGUCCUUAAGUUGAAGGAGUUUUGCUUUUCUAAUGUUAUACUAUUUACCUAUCAGUGUGUUACUGCAACUUGACUCAUUCUUUUACUGUUAUUGGAUAUAAACUUAUCCUGUACCAAUGUAUUUAUUAACACUUGUAUUUUAUUAUUGAGCAUAUCAAUAAAAAUAUUAAAAAAUAACAGAUUGUUUUUUACCAACUCUAUAGCACUUUUGUGUAUUCUUUCAACAUCAUAAUGUAUAUGUAUGCGUAGAAAAGAUAGGUAAUUUUCUGAGUAUAGUGUUUGUUCACACAUGGCAUGAAUUUGUACAUUUUUUUUGUAGAUGAUGCCCCUUAGCUUCUGUUCUUGCAUCCAUUACCCAAAUGUCUUUGAUUUUAGAUUCAAAUUAACAGAGGCUGUGUGGCUUAUUCGGCUUUGGAGAAGUGAUGAGACCACUCCCAUGGCCUGGACCCUCAGUUUCCCCUCUUGUUCAACAAUCCAAUUGAUUCCUCCCCACCCCCAACCAUUUCUUCUCGGCCAGAAAUAUUCCAGCUGUUUCCUUAGCAAUAGAAGCAAAUUGUAACCCUAAAAUCUGCCUGAACCUUUGCAGACUAAGACAUUUCUCUCCCAGAUCAUAUGAUAAAAGAACCUACAAUCAAGUUACACUCUGUUUUUAUGUAUUUUGCAUAUGUCCAUCCCCAAGAUAAACAUGUGAACUCAGAACAUCUAGAUAAGAUAAAUAUUUAUCAUAAGAAUGCAUUUCAUUUCAUCCUCUAUAUCCUUUGUCCUUCCAACCAGGUUGACUUCUUAUUCCAGUCAGGACUUCCCAGGGGAGCCCCUCCCAAGAAAGAAACUUGGCCCUGGAGGAUUUUUGUUUUAUUCUUGUUAGAUUAGCCACGUUUACCAAGAGCCAUUAGGAAUCCCAGAUCGGCCCUAAUUUGAGGAUGUGCAAGCAUCAAGUUAGUCACAUGGAGAGGAGCAUUAAUUUAGUUUUCAGUGAUAAAUGUUAUUAGUCAUUGGGAAUAUUUCUUUCCCCUACAUCAUAGAUUUUAAUGUCACUGGUGGAAAAGCUUUCUCAUCAAAUUCAAAUGAUCUCUUACAUAAGACCAAGUGGGCCUAAUGUUGGCUGAUUUGUCAUAGCUUUACUCAUAGCAGAGGUUUUUCAUAACGCAAAAAAACAACAUAAUUUGACUCAUUCUUCUUCUUCAAAACAGUGAACAUACUAUCAACCAAAUGGCUGGUAUGUGAGUUAACACAAAAUGAUCUGUUGUCAGUGCAAAAGAAGUGAACGUAAAAGCGGACCCAGGCCCAAUACUGCAAAUGGUUCAUCUUAGACCAAGCAUCAGUUUGAGAGAAUCUUACACUUGGGAAAGGACUAACUGAUACUAAAAGUAAAAGAAUAUUAAGUAUUUACAAUCAAUGGAAACUACAGUUCAACUUUGUACCUCUUCUAAAAGGCAACAUCUAUUGUAACCAUAGAGUGUGAUGAAUCAUUAAUGGAAUUUGCAGACAGUGUAAUGGUCCAUGCCUAGGGUCCCUGCAGUUGGAUAGCUUGGUUUUCCUUAGUAGUAGAAAUCAUUGCUGAUGUGGUUCUAAUAUCGACUUUUUAUUGCAAAUUGACUGUGAGGGCCGUUUUUUAAUGUCUGUUCUAUCUGUAAUGAUGAUUAUCCGUCUGUCCGUGUUGGUGCCAAUUUUUCCUUAUAAGGAAUUAUAGAAAAAGACUGCAGAAGGCUUUUUCUUCUUUCCUUUUGGAGACAUGGCAGUGACUGUGAUGCAAGCUUACUCAUAAAGAAAUGUUUCCUAGGUGCUUAAAAAAUAAACCUGUAGAGAAAAUAAGAGUUGUGAUCUACAGGAAAGUAAUAUGCUUCAAGCUAAUAUCCAUGAGGCAAAGUUUUAGUACUAGAUGUUUCUCAUGACCUUCCAUUGACUUCUGAAGUUUAAUUCACCUUAAAGGGCAAUUAUUUUUCUGACAGGUUUAAUUUUUUACCAUUUAAGAAAAAAAAAUCUGCACCUGGCUUUCAUUUUCCUGUAUUUCAUAACCUCUAUGCAAAAUGGAAACCAGACAGAGAUUCUUCAAUCUGGCCCUAAAU